UUAUUACAAAAACUUAAAUGUUUUUAUUUUUUAAUCAUAUUAAAAUAAAUUUUCAUUGUUAAUGGUGUUCGAUACCGAGAGGCAUCAGACAUCAAUGCCAAACGCGCCAGCGGUUAGUCCUCUCCUCAGUCCUCGCCUCUCCUCUCCACCCCACUGAAACCCUAGGAAAGGGAAAUUCCCUUGCAGCAGUGCAGCGGCACGCCUACGGCCCUCUACGGCGGUCUGCCGGCCUGCACAGACUGCUCCGCCCGCUACCCACCGCAACAAGACGACAAUCCACGGCAACCCUGCGACGUACACGGUUCCUGUGCUCCGCGCAACCCACAGCAGCCCCAGCGCACGACUCCACGGUUCCAGUGCUUCACAGUGCACUGAUAAAACAAUCCUCAUCAGCCCACUUAUUGAAACUUGUGGUUGCUGCUGCAGUGCUGCUAUUGUUUGAGUUGAAUAUAACUAUCCUAGCCAGCUGGAGAAAGUUGUGAACUGGGUGGGACUUGGGCAGAAGAUCAUUAAUUUAAGACUCCAAAAGCCAGCGGGUAGUGUUGUUUUGCAUUGAAAACUCAAUCUCAUUUCCUGUUGAAAUUAAUUUGUAAUUCUCUGUGGUAGUAGUUUAGCCCUGCCUAAGUGGGUGAGGGAAUUAAGCAAUCAUGACUUGGGCUGAAUUUUUACAUGGUGGUUUGGGUCCUAAAACCACAGAUGUUUUAAGGCAUUUUUCAAUUUUCCACCUGCAUUUUGAUUUAUUGAUAAUUUGCAGAUGCACACCUUUGCAUUGAAUUUUCAUGUUAAUAUCUCUUCAGUUUGUGUAAAUAUUUCAGUCAUAACCCUUAAUCAUGAAAUUUCCAAAAUAAAAAUAAAAAUUUAUCCAUUAAAUUUUUGAUUGAAGGUUCAAAGUGCUAUAAUUAAUUGUAUCCUUUAAGCAAAUGCCAUGCGUUAUGGGAUUACAUUUGCAUUACCUUGAAUUGUGCUGUAAUGUAUCUUCAUGUUAAACUCUAAUCCAUUGACUUUAAUAUCCUUCUUCUUGGAUAAUAGAAUUAUUCUGAUUCUUUAGAUUUUCGUCAAAUGUUGUUGGAGUAUAAAUGGUAGAAGGUCCAGGAGAACCAUUUCUUAAGACUUGGUGCAUGAGAUAUCCUUUCGUGAUAUUUUGUGCCAAUGUAGAUUCAUAUUACUGUUGACCCUGAGUUAUUGCUAUUCUAGGUGUGAUUUUUGCAUGUUGUGUGUGUACACGUGUGAGCCAACUGUUAGUAGCAUUAUUAGUAUAUCCAUCUGUAAUAGUAGUGCCAAUAUUAUGUUGGGAUUCUCUGCCUUUUUUCCCCUAUAUGUGUGUGCGUGUGUUUUCAAUUUGUGGGUGCUGUACAUAUCCUGAAUCACAAGGCCUCACAGAAUUUUGCGACAAUGUCAUUUUUUUUGUUGCUGCAUUUGUCUUUUUUAAAUAGCCAAACAGCGGAGGUUGUUAAUAUUGUCAGUUUUAUAUGGAAAAAUUAAGUGUUGUAGGAGCUGGUAUGAUUUGUAUCAUAUUCUGCUCAAAUUUAUGUAAUAUGAACUUUCAAAUAUACCUUGCAAGAGAAUCAAGAUGAGACUGGUUUCUUAUGCAUAAUAUUUGUUUCUUAGGAAUGAGUCUAUCACAAGGGUCUUCAUCCCUGAAACGGAAGCGGCAGGAGUCAAAUGCACCAUCCCAAACUCUAUCAAAUGAUGAACGUCGCCUGUAUGAUGUGAUCCGAAGCAAGAAAGACAUGGGAAUCUGGACAAGAGACCUGAAACGAGAAACACAGUUCCCAGACAGUGUGGUUACCAAGUCCCUGAGGUCACUCCAGACCAAGAAACUCAUAAAAGAGGUAGUAAACAUCCAAAACAAAGCGAGAAAACAUUACAUGGCAGCAGAGUUUGAACCAUCAGCAGAAAUCGUUGGUGGUGCAUGGUACGUAGACGGUAAACUCGACACAGAUUUCAUAAAGAUUCUUAGAGAUCUAUGUUAUAAGCACAUACAGAAGCUGAAGCUUGCCACUUUGGAGGACAUAUCGAACUCGAUUAAGAGGUCAGGUGUCUUUAAGGCAGAGUGUACGAUGCAGCAAAUUGCGGAGAUAGUGAAUGUUUUGGUUUUGGAAAAUGAGAUCACAGAGGAGAAGAGUACUGGCUAUGGAGAUUUUGAGCGUAUACCAAUCGGAACACGAUGUUACAGGUGCACAAGGAAAGGAGGCCCUGCAGGGGAGGCAAUGUUAGGGGCCAUGGCUUCCAUUCCAUGUGGGGUUUGUCCUCAGAUAAGUAUGUGUACACCUGACGGGAUUAUAUCUCCAAUCACCUGUGCUUACUACGAUAAAUGGUUGGACUUUUAGAUGGGAUUUUUGCUUGGAUGAUUUCAGUGAAACUACUUCCAAAUUUCUGAUCAGGUUUUGCUGAAAUUAGUUUGUGUAUAUUCUGCUGAUGAAGGUAAUCUUUAUGGUUUUUUUCCCCCGGCCUGAAUGAAGGAAAGAAAAAUAUGAAAAGAAAA